UAUAUCAUGAAGUAACUAUUUUGGGGGGAGUGGGGAAAAGAAAAACGGCGUUUGGUUAACUUGCAGUUUAAGAGCUAAAGUUUGAGAAUGCCUGGGGGUCGGUAUGUGUUGGAAGCAGGAGCGCGCCAGGGUUUCUGACGCCCUAGGCCGACGGCCAUUUUGCCACCCCCUGCAGCCCCGGUGGACCUACCAGGUCCGCCGGAGCCUUGAGACCAGCGUACCGUCCGCCGAAAUGACUGUGGCAGCUCCAGCGGAGCGUUUCCAGCAGCGGACCGUCCGCCGGCAUGACCGCGGUAAGUCUACCAGACCAGUGUGCAGCCCCUCCCCACCCCGCAAAAUAGUGCCCCCCAAAGAUUCUGGUGCCCUAGGCCAUUGCCUAGGUCGCCUAAAUGGUAGCACUGGCCCUGGUUGGAAGUGUAUUUCAAACGAUUUUGUAGUUUGAAAGAAGUAGCUGUCUCGAAAGUCUGAUCUUCCUCCAACAAAAUUAGCACAUUCUACUGCCUAAAUGUUAAUGUUAAUUCUUUACAGACUUGUCUGUGGUUAGACAUUUGUCCUGAAAUUUCUUGCUGGAGUAAGCUCACCAGUGACAGCACUAGAGUGCACAAGACAAUGAUAGUUCCCAGCGUUUUAAGCACCAGGUCACGUAGAACUUUUUAGGCAGAAAAUUAGCUGUAGCCUAGAGACCUGUCUCCCCAGGCACUUCUACUUGGGGAGCUGCACCAACAUUAGCAACGGUGGGGAAAUUUUAGAGAGAAGAGGUGACAGUAGGCACAGUCUAACCAAGUGAAUGUUCCCUGUGGAAGCAUAUUGCUCAAUUUUGGCCUCUUCCACUUUAUAUCAAGGAUUAAUUAGCAGCCUGACAAAUUAUACUUUUCACAGCAAAGCUUGUGGAUUUGUCAUGUAUAUUUUAGGAUUUAAUAACACUAUCAGCCAAGAAGUGAUGGGUGCAGUAAAUUUCAAUAGUAGACCUGCAUCCUCCACAGCAUUUUUAUGGCUAUUAUACUGCAUUUAUUUUCUCUCCUCUUGCAAACCCAUAUUGCAGUGACUCUCUGGAGCCUCUGGGCAUUGCUCCUUGAGCCUGCAGGAGGGGAUUACUAAAGGAGAGACAGACACACAUGAGGAAAGCAUUACUGUAAAAACCAUAAGGAAGAUGUGGAGGAUUCUUGCAUUUAGAUGUCAAUUUUCUUGAACUGCCUGAACAUCCAGCAGGUUUACAAAGUAUUGGUCUCCGUUGGUAGAAAUGAGUGGUUUGUCUUCAGGCGAUAUGCUGAGUUUGAUAAACUGUACAACACACUGAAAGAAACAAUUUCCCACCAUGACCUGAAGAUUCCAGCUAAAAGAAUAUUUGGUGACAAUUUUGAUCCAGAUUUUAUUAAACAGAGAAGAGCAGGACUGAAUGAAUUCAUUCAAAAUUUAGUCAGACAGCCAGAGCUAUGCAACCACCCAGAUGUCAGAGCAUUUCUUCAGAUGGACAAUCCAAAGCAUCAGUCAGAUCCAUCUGAAGAUGAGGAUGAAAGGAGCAAUCAGAAGCUAAACUCUACCUCACAGAAUAUCAACCUGGGACCAUCUGGAAAUCCUCACGCUAAGCCAACAGACUUCCACUUCUUGAAAGUUAUUGGGAAAGGCAGCUUUGGCAAGGUUCUUCUUGCAAAACGAAAACUGGAUGGGAAAUUUUAUGCUGUCAAAGUACUGCAGAAAAAAGUUGUUCUCAACAGGAAAGAGCAAAAACAUAUUAUGGCUGAACGUAAUGUACUGUUGAAAAAUGUGAAACAUCCAUUUUUGGUUGGAUUACAUUACUCAUUCCAAACAACAGAAAAGCUUUACUUUGUUCUGGAUUUUGUUAAUGGAGGGGAGCUGUUCUUUCAUUUACAAAGAGAGCGCUCCUUUCCUGAACACAGAGCCAGAUUUUAUGCUGCUGAAAUAGCCAGUGCAUUGGGCUACUUGCACUCCAUAAAUAUUGUAUACAGGGAUUUGAAACCAGAGAACAUUCUCCUAGACUCACUGGGACAUGUUGUCUUAACAGAUUUUGGACUCUGUAAAGAAGGGAUUGCUAUCUCGGACACCACAGCAACCUUUUGUGGGACACCAGAAUACCUUGCCCCAGAAGUGAUCAGAAAACAGCCCUAUGACAACACAGUAGACUGGUGGUGCCUUGGUGCGGUUCUUUAUGAAAUGCUUUAUGGGUUGCCUCCAUUUUACUGCCGUGAUGUUCCUGAGAUGUAUGAAAAUAUUCUUCACAAACCUCUAUAUGUGCGCCCAGGAGUCAGUCUUACAGCCUGGUCUAUUCUGGAAGAACUCUUGGAAAAAGACAGGCAAAAGAGACUUGGAGCAAGAGAAGACUUUCUUGAAAUUCAAAGGCAUCCUUUCUUUGAAUCUCUCAGCUGGGCUGACCUUCUCCAGAAGAAGAUUCCACCACCAUUUAAUCCUAAUGUGGUCGGCCCAGAUGAUAUAAGGAAUUUUGAUGCAGCUUUUACAGAAGAAAUGGUUCCUUAUUCAGUUUGCAUUUCCUCUGGUUAUAACAUUGUAAAUGCCAGUGUGCUGGAGGCAGAUGAUGCAUUUGUUGGAUUUUCUUAUGCACCACCUUCUGAAGACUUGUUUCCCUAGGAGGUUAGGAGCCGACAGAUGCUGCACAAGUACAAGUCUGAAGAUGGACUGAAACAUGAGUGUGAACAUAGUCCAGAAUAUCUGUAACUAGUGCCUCAUUUUAUAUGUAGGGUUGAAACCAAUGAACAAACAUUUUCUGCUGUAUAUGAGGAAAUUGGGCAUUUCAGAUGGCUUUCUUUGGGAUUUAAACUGUUAUACCUGCUGCAUAAAAAUAUUUUUAAAAUGAAGAUCUCUAAAAGCUGUUCCUUUACAUUAAUCUGUUUUUAAGCAAACACACUGUUUUUUUUUCUCCAGGUUUACAUUAAUACCAAUCCAGGAUUUGGUUGUCUUUCAGCAGCAGCAAACUUAGCACAUUUAUAAAUGCCUUUGUAACUAUUUACAGUGACUUUGUGCUUGAAUUGUAACUAUGCAAUUGUCUUUUUGUAUAUCAUUGUUUAAAAAAAGAUAAAUAUUUCCCGUUAUAUCACUUUUUGAAAUAUAAGUUCAUUACUUUACAGCACUUACUCUAAAAUUUAAUUCCUCAUUGAAGAAUAAGUAGAUACUUUAAGGAUCUGCAAACUGAAAAGUUGCUCGUUUAGGAUCAAAUUGCCAUCCUUACUCCUCUUCAUAAAUACCUUAUUUCUGAAGUAUUCCUUUCAAUUUCUACUGGAUUAUUUGAGAAAUAAAGCACUACUCAAUGCGAAUAAGGGUAGGGUAGCACAAACUAGCACCAAAUAUUUGGUAACACUACUAAAUACAUUGUCUAUAAUGUUCUUUUCUGAUGAAGAAAUAUCUGAAUCUCAACUGCACUAAAAAUAUUUUGCAUUAAAACUCUAUUUUUCCAAAGAGUUGGAGGGCAAUAAUCAUUGCUACUUUUAAAGGCAGUCUUGCUAUGACCCUGUAGAGAGGAGAUGGUGCCAAAAGUUAGGAUUAUUUUGUGUGUAUCUGGAAUACUAAUAUAUACUAAAUGAACUGUAUCAGAAUUCAUAGUUCCUUGUCUUUCUAUAUUCUAAUGUAUCAGCUCUUAAAUAUUCACUUGAUAGUUAGGAAAAAUAACUAUUAAACUACCUUUUGAUUACUUUUAAGAAUGUGAAGAGAGAUUGUACACAGUGUGUCUCUUUUGAUGUGCACAUAUAACCAAAAUGCUAACAUUGAUCAACUUGUGUGAGUUUUUUUUUUUAAACACAAUACAUCCUGAACGUUGGCUCCAGUUUUAAUGUGACUGACUUAUAGCAGUAAUAAUACUUGUGAUUCACUUUGCUUAUAAAUAACAGGUUUGUCUGACACUUGGUAAAUGUGGGUGCACACUUUUCACAAUGCUAACAGACGGUUUGGAGCAUGAGCUUUCCUGGGUGAAUACCCACUUCGUCAGAUGCAUGUAACAUGCAUGUAACAUGCAUCUGACGAAGUGGGUAUUCACCCAGGAAAGCUCAUGCUCCAAAGCGUCUGUUAGUCUAUAAGGUGCCACAGGAUUGUUUGCUGCUUUUACAGAUCUAGACUACCCCUCUGAUACUUUUCAUAAUGCAUUUCAGUUCCUUUAACUGGAUUACCAUAAGAACUUCUUGAAAGAAAUUAUUUUUUUUAAAGUGUUGAAGUUUCUCUGAUCACAAAAUUGCAACUUGUGUGUUGUAGCUAACAAAACAAAACCCCAGUAAAGAUAAACAUUAAUCUGCAGAUCUUGUUGCAGUGGAAUAGAAUCCCUUGUGAAGAUCAGAGACAGUAGCAUUUCUAAUAGGACACCUGUAAGUAAAACGUAGUAAUAAUAUGCCUAGAAUGCUAUGUCAGUUGAAAAUUCUCAGAAGGUUAAAUCAAAGUGAAUUUCUCACUUGAAGCAAUAAUCCUUUGUAUGUCACCUGCACAAUGAUUAACACUGAUGAAACACUGAAGAAUUGACACAAGGUGUCUCUGCUUAUGUACCCCUGCUAGCUAACUGAAGUAGUAAUAAAAGGAGAGAGGGAAUGAAAGGGAUAUAAUUCUGCUAACUUCAGCCUCCAUUGUCCUCUUCUUUUUCAAUAAAAUGUGUUCCCCGA